AUCUUAGACGAGACCUAAUUGAUCCGGCUGCUAUACCACAUCCAAACUAAAAUCAUUUACCGAUCUUGCCCACUGAUCGUCAGGUUUUCGUUCAUACCACCGUCGCUCAUCGCGGGGGAAAGACAUCGUUCUAUUUAUAGAAGCUGCUGUGCGCGGGUAUGGCUUGGGUUAGGUAACCGUCCCCUACAAACGUAGAAGGUGCGCGUGUAUAAAUAUACCAGCCGCCAGUGUAAUGAUAAUGGCUUCACUGGUGAAUCAUUUCCUGUUUAACCAGGAAGGCAGGAUUUUAGUGGAGACGAAGAGCGCAGGAUGAUUGUGACGUACUAUAGUGCUAUAUCUUUCCGCUGCAACUUGUGUUGAGUUUCGGACGAAGAUAAACAUGACGUAUGAUCGGCAGCAAUUCUCUCAACCUAUGAAUGCUCAACGGUCGUGUAUUUCGCUUUCAAAUGAGAGCUGAUGGGUGCCUUUGUUGUUCCCACUCUUCCCACCACAAGUCUCGAUCAAUUUCUCAGGAAGUCUUGAAAUGCCUUACGCAAGCUGAGACAGAUUCAUAUCAAAAUGGGUAGCCCAGCUAAGAAGCAAGAAUUGGACGGUUCACUUUGUGAAGUGGAUGUUCUUCCUGCUUGCUGUGAGGUGGUGCAAGACAAGGACUUUGUAAUUGCUCGAUUGGACAAAGUGUUCAAUAAACCAGUAUUCAGUGACAUUAUCCUUCGGGUGGGAGAUGAUAGAUUCUAUGCUCAUCGCUUCGUUCUUAUCACUGCCAGCAGUGUCUUUGAAGCAAUGCUAGGAGAGGAGCAAUGGAAAGAAGCAAAACAACCUGAAGUCUGCUUGACUGAAGAAGAAGAGUGUAAACCUAUCUUUGGAUAUUUUCUUAGGUAUCUGUAUUGUGGGACAGUGGUUUUAACGACAAGCAAUGUGCUGCCAUUUCUGCUCUUGGCUGAUAAGUAUGAUGUGCACGCUCUGUGCAAGACCUGUCUGUCCUACAUGUGUCACCAUAUAGUUGAAACACCAGAUGCUAACAAGACACUCACCUGGUAUCAGUAUGCACAGGUGACAUGUCAGAUUGAACUGCGAGACCAGUGCCUCAGUUUCAUCUUGUCCAAUUUUGACAUCAUAAUGCAUGCCAGCGACUGGACAUUUCUGACGAGACAGGAGAUGGUUGGUUUCCUGUCAUGCUCUGAGAUGGUGGUUCAGAGUGAGGCUGAGCUUUGGACUUGUGUGGAGAAGUGGCUACUGGCAGAAAACAAUAUUGAAAACAUUGAGCAGAAUCUGAGAGAGGUUUUGCCACUGAUUCGUUUUACCCUGAUACCACCAAGAUCAUUGACGCUAGUAGAAAAGUCGGAACUCUUCAAACAGCAUCAGACACUUUUUGAAACCAAACUCAACCAUGCGUAUCGUCGCCACUCACUUGUCAUGGAUUGCGAGGACAGUGACAAGAUAACUCCUCUCAUUCCCCAAGAGCUUUAUCGUAACUACACCAAUGGAGACUACUGUGUGCAUUAUCCUUUUACCUUAGCCAACUAUGCUGGAGUCAACAAAAUUGAUAGCCGAAUUGUGGUGCACUGUUCUAGUAGGCAGACAUUUGUUUCAUCCUUGCGUGCCAAAACUGAAGAUGAUGUCAUAUUUUCAGUGUACUUUUACCCUCGAGGAUAUUUCACCACUCUUGCUUUGUACAGCAGUUACAUGAGUCGACAGAGCAAUGACAUUACUUUGAAGGUGAUUCGCCAGAAACCUCUUCCACCGAUGAAAGUUGAUGUGACCCUGCUCUUGUUUGGGAAAAAGAAUGGUGUGAAGUAUGCUGCAUUCACACACAACUGUUCCAUGGUCUUUACCAAAGAGAAUAGUACCCUGUCUGUUGAAAAAUUUCUGAGUUUGGACAGUCUGAUGAAGGAGGAUUCACCUUAUCUAGUGGACUCAAAUCUUGAAGGAAAUAUCUUUGUGAAAAUUCAGGAUGCUGGAGAUCACUUGCUUCUUGACAGUCAGGGAUAAGAAAUACGGAAGAGAACAACAAAUUUUGAUGUUGGACCUUGUAAUGGCUGUGAUUUUUUUAAACAUUUCUUCAUUGCCUUUGUUAAAACAAGAUUUUAAAAAAAAGUCUUCUUUAAAGGUGCUUACAUCACUCUUGGUGCUUGAGGCUUGAUAAAUUAAAAAAAAAAUUUUUUUUUUCCUCGGAACAUUCUAGUUAUGUGAAAGAAGACUACGUCAAUAUUUAUCAGAUUUCAUCAGAGAAUGUCAAUAAUUAGCACAAUCAAUCCAAUUCAUUAUUAUAAUGAAAGUCACAAUGUAUAAACGAAGAUAAACAUUGAAUACAUAAUUAACAACUUUGAUUCCAUUUUAUUGCAUCGUGAGAUUGCUGUGAAACAUAUCAAUCUUCUGCCAUCAUUCUUUUUGUGAUCUGCAUUUAUUUACUUUGUGGUGAUUGCUAUAUUUCUUUUAGAAAAAAUGAUUUGUCGUCAAGAUGAUGAAACAUGUUGGUGAUGGCAUAUUAAAUAACAUUAAUGAUUAGCAUGUUGAAUAAUUUUAUGUUCAUAUUUAUGCAAAAUCAUUAAAUUUUAUAGACACAGUGCAUUUUCCAUCAUGAAUGCUGAGAUUGGCAGACAAAGUAGGAAAUUUUUGUUAUAUUUCAUUUUUCUCAUGUGCUAGUCAUAAUGUAAAAAUAGGAUGGCCAAAACAUUGAUAUUAUUAUGCUUCAGUUUUGUGAUUUGUGUGUUGGAAAACAUUUUAGUGGCUUUGCAAGAUGUUUUUCCUUAGAUGUUUUAGACUGGAAGAAAAAUGUUAAAGAUAAAGGGUCUUAUUUUAAUGUUGGGAAAUGGACUUCCAUAAUAGCCUUUUUUUUUUUUUUUGGUGCUGCAGGGAUUUCCAAUCAGCAUCUUCUGUGACCAAAGUGUCACAAUAUUUUCAAGCAUUAUAAAAUAAGUUUUUACUUUAAAUAUGUGUGUGCUUUACAUUAAAUUCAUUGAUGUGUCUUGUGCUUACCUCUGUACCCAUGUAAAUGCAUGUUAACAUACUCUGAAUGUGAUAAUAUGUGUGAUGAGGAAGCUGCAAUUUUUCCUCAAAAUAAUGGGUAAUAUGCUUAUAUAUGUGUGUGUGAAAUGGUUGUUAUUUAUACUUUUAAAAUUUUUGGAAAGGGAAAAUACUCACAUUUCUUAUCUAAGGGCAUAUUCCAUGAGAUGACUUUCCAGUUACUGUAAAUCUCGGUCUAUUGAGUGCACCUGUAUAUAGGAUGCACUCACUAAAUUUUUAGAAAUCUAUAUUUUCACCUGCUGGUUUAUAAGUCACAAAAAUAUAUACAACUUGAAAGCUGCAUCAUAGGCAUUUUGUCUCAUUUUCCGCAUAAUGAGGUUGAGUGCUUCAGUAACUGAUCUGAAUACUUCAGUUGUAUGCGACUUUGAUUUAAAAAUUGGGAACAGUUAACACCUUAACAUGGAGCUCAUCGAAAAAUUAAUUGAAAUAUGAAAAAUCUGCAAAACAAGACUUUCUGAUUACGUCACAGGAUUUAAAGCUGCGGAAAAAAGUACAUAAUUUACGGUAUAUAUUUAUAAGAUAUGAUUUUUCUUUCGUUAUUUUAAUGCAUUGCUGCUACAGAUACUCAAACAUACUUUUUUAAGGUAUGAUGAGUUGUUUAAACAAAUGCUGAUUAGCAUGCAAAAUAUAGUCUAAUCUUUUUAUCAUCAUAAAAAAAAACUUCAUAGCACCAUUACUGCUUCAAAAGUAGCACGACUAUUGACAGCAGGUGGCUGUUUAAAGCAUUUUUCCUAUCAGCCAUGAUACUGUAAUCAUUUAAUUUGUUUUUAAAGAUAUGGUAUUCGGUUUUUGAUCCAUAUACUUUCAACACCUUGUAUCUUUACAUAUAAUUUUUGAUGGCACAGAAGAAAUCAGUGUGAUUUUUUUGUUUUUCUUUAUAUGUGAAGAGCAAAUGGAGGAAUAUUUAUUGCUAUUCGGCCAUGCAUGAAAUGCAAUAUUAUAUAAGUAUAUGCUUUGGUUCCCUAAGCUUUUUUUCCACUUUGGUUUAGACAUUUGAUGCUUUGUUUCAAAUAUAAAUAUAAAGAAGUA